AGAGGGAAAGACAGAGACAAACAUCAAUGUGAGAGAAACACAUCUAUUGGUUGGCUCCUACGCAUACCCCGAUCAAGGCCCGGGGCCAAGGAGGAGCCUGCAACCAAAAGGUAUUUCAAUCAAAGGAAGAAAUAGCUCUUCUAAGAUGGAAUCUGUUGUUUGGGAAUGUGGUUGAUCAACUUGAUAUGUUGGCCAAAUGUGCCCUAUGUAAUAAAAUGAAAAGAAGAGACAAGAUGAUGUCAUUUUCCUGUAUUGUGAAACCAAAAACAAAUGCCUUUUGUGAGAUCAAGCUAACAAACCUCUGACAGUGCAAAGAGUAUUUAACUGUUUGAAGAACUUAAUAGUAAAAUAUAGAAGAGUACUUCUUCAAGCUGAGACCUGCAGGUGUACAAAGAUCUAAAAUACAUACCAUAGGCCUGAUCGUCCAAAUCUCAUUCAGAUCCAAGAAGGAUGGCUAUGAGUUGGAUCGUCUUCUAUCUUUGGCCCUUGACUAUGUUUGUGGGGCAUAUAGGUGGGCACAGUUUGUUUUCUUGUGAACCUAUUACCUUGAGGAUGUGCCAAGAUUUGCCUUACAAUACUACCUUCAUGCCUAAUCUUCUGAAUCAUUAUGACCAACAGACAGCAGCUUUAGCAAUGGAGCCAUUCCACCCUAUGGUGAAUCUGGAUUGUUCUCGGGAUUUCCGGCCAUUUCUUUGUGCACUCUAUGCUCCUAUUUGUAUGGAAUAUGGACGUGUCACACUUCCCUGUCGUAGACUGUGUCAGCGGGCUUACAGCGAAUGUUCAAAACUUAUGGAGAUGUUUGGUGUUCCUUGGCCUGAAGAUAUGGAAUGCAGUAGGUUCCCAGAUUGUGAUGAGCCAUACCCUCGACUUGUGGAUCUGAAUUUAGCUGGAGAUCCUACUGAAGGAGCCCCAGUGGCAGUGCAGAGGGACUAUGGUUUUUGGUGUCCCCGGGAGUUGAAAAUUGAUCCUGAUCUUGGUUAUUCUUUUUUGCACGUGCGUGAUUGUUCACCUCCUUGUCCAAAUAUGUACUUUAGGAGAGAAGAACUAUCAUUUGCUCGAUAUUUCAUAGGAUUGAUCUCAAUCAUUUGCCUCUCUGCCACGUUGUUUACUUUUUUAACUUUUUUGAUUGAUGUCACAAGAUUUCGUUAUCCUGAAAGACCUAUUAUAUUUUAUGCAGUCUGCUACAUGAUGGUAUCAUUAAUUUUCUUCAUUGGGUUUUUGCUUGAGGACCGAGUAGCCUGCAAUGCAUCUAGCCCUGCACAGUAUAAGGCUUCCACAGUGACGCAAGGAUCUCAUAAUAAAGCUUGUACCAUGCUUUUUAUGGUACUUUAUUUUUUUACUAUGGCUGGCAGCGUUUGGUGGGUAAUUCUUACCAUCACAUGGUUCUUGGCAGCUGUGCCAAAGUGGGGUAGUGAAGCUAUUGAGAAGAAAGCAUUGCUGUUUCACGCCAGUGCAUGGGGCAUCCCUGGAACUCUAACUAUCAUCCUUUUAGCGAUGAAUAAAAUUGAAGGUGACAAUAUCAGUGGCGUGUGUUUUGUUGGCCUCUACGAUGUUGAUGCAUUGAGAUACUUUGUUCUUGCACCCCUCUGCCUAUAUGUGGUAGUUGGGGUUUCACUCCUUUUAGCUGGCAUUAUAUCCCUAAACAGAGUUCGAAUUGAGAUUCCAUUAGAAAAGGAGAACCAAGAUAAAUUGGUGAAGUUUAUGAUCCGGAUUGGUGUUUUCAGCAUUCUUUAUCUGGUACCACUCUUGGUUGUAAUUGGAUGCUAUUUUUAUGAGCAAGCUUACCGUGGCAUCUGGGAAACAACAUGGAUACAAGAACGCUGCAGAGAAUAUCACAUUCCAUGUCCAUAUCAGGUCACUCAAAUGAGUCGUCCAGACCUGAUUCUCUUUCUGAUGAAAUACCUGAUGGCUCUCAUAGUUGGUAUUCCCUCCAUAUUUUGGGUUGGAAGCAAAAAGACAUGCUUUGAAUGGGCCAGUUUUUUUCAUGGUCGUAGGAAAAAAGAGAUAGUGAAUGAGAGCCGACAAGUACUCCAAGAACCUGAUUUUGCUCAGUCCCUCCUGAGGGAUCCAAAUACUCCUAUUAUAAGGAAAUCAAGAGGAACUUCCACUCAAGGAACAUCCACACAUGCUUCUUCAACUCAGCUGGCUAUGGUGGAUGAUCAGAGAAGCAAAGCAGGGAGUGUCCACAGCAAAGUGAGCAGCUAUCACGGCAGCCUCCACAGAUCUCGUGAUGGCAGGUAUACUCCCUGCAGUUACAGAGGAAUGGAAGAGAGACUACCUCAUGGCAGCAUGUCACGACUAACAGAUCACUCCAGGCACAGUAGUUCUCAUCGUCUCAAUGAACAGUCACGACAUAGCAGCGUCCGGGAUCUCAGUAAUAAUCCUAUGACUCACAUCACACAUGGCACCAGCAUGAACCGAGUUAUUGAAGAAGAUGGAACCAGUGCUUAAUUUGUCCUAAGGUGGAAAAUUUGUGCCGUUUAUAAAGCAGAUUUUAUUCUUUGCCUUUAGCAUGACUGACUGCUGUAACUCACUGUUAUCAUGCGUUCAGUCAGGUGCAGAUUGUGUCCAUUGGAAGAGUAAAUUUUUGCUUUUUAUAUUGCAUCAAACUUGGAAUAUCAAGGCGUCUUAAAAUUAUAUUGUCACAUAAAUAAUUCUUAUUUCUAGGUAAUGAAGAGAGAAUUAUUUGUCUGGUAAGCAUUUUUAUAAACCCACUAUUUUAUAUUUAGAAAAAUCCUAAAUGUGUGGUGACUGCUUUGUAGUGAACUUUCAUAUAUAAUGUCAACUAGUUGUGAGACAACAUUCUAGUCGUUCUGUUAAUAAAACAAAAUUUCAGAAUUAAAGAAUUUUCUAUGCAAGGUUUAUUUCUCGGAUGAAUGGUAGGAUUUUGUAGUUUUAUUUCCAUAAGUGAAAAAGAACUGUGGUUUUAAACUGUAAGAGAAUUUGAUAAAUCAGCAAGGGUAUUUUAACUGAUAGAAUAUAAGAUCAACAGAAGAAUCUGAUUAGAGUAUUGAAGGCUCUUUCAAAAUUCUAUCAAAAUAAAUUUCAUCCAGAGAGAUACAGGAUUAGGAAUAUCAGUGGCCAUUUUUUCCCUAUAAGUGAGCUGUUUUUAUUACUUUUGUAAAUAUUCCUUUUACUGGCAGUGUUUUUAUAACUUAUCCAUAUGCAUGUUGGAAAAAAUAAUUUGUAGCCUUUUCCCAUGUAGUAAUAUUAAUUCGUAGAGAACUUUAUGUUCAGAUCUGUUCCAUGGAGACAUGUAAUAAGAUAAGCAUCACACAUUAUAAGGUUUUUUUGUGGUAACCACAAUUACAAAAUGGCAAAAUGUUUUCUCUGUAUUCAUUGUUGUAUUUUUCUGCAGUGAGAUGUGAUCUUGCCAAAGCCACCAGAUCUUGACAUCCAGCCCCUCCUAUCAAUGAGUUGAUUGUCUGUACUUGCAUUGCCCAGUAGCAAAUAGGCUACAGCUUUUGCCCCCUCCCUUGUAUUCAGAUUCUGGAUCAGUCUUGUUUACAGCUGAAAUAUAUAUAACCUUGGUCCAAAGUGGUGGUUUAUAUGGGGUAUCUGAAAAAUCACUGUAAUUAAAUGAAGCAUGAUUAGUCUUGCUGUGAAGUAUCUUGUAAUCUUAAAAAUAUCAACUCAAAAUUUUUGACAUUUUGUCUUGUAACAUUUAAAUAAUUUACAAUAAAAACUGGUAACUGUAUUAGGCAUGAAAUUGAUCAGAAGAAAAAGAAAAUUUUUGGAAAAUGCUGGAUGUAUUGUAUAGAAAAACAUUUUAAACAAGCAUGUCCUCAACCCCGACUAGAGGUAAGAAUCAUUUGGGAAACCUCUGAUGCUCAAGCCUUCCUCUCAUUCAGAUGAGAAUUGAUAGGUUUUUAAAUAAGUUUUCUAGGUGAUUCUAAUCUGUAGCCAGGCUUCAGGCUGUUUUGAACUGAUUUGCUUCUGUUGAUGAUCUGAUGGCGUCUCAUUAUAUCACGCGAAAAUGUAGGUGGACUCAAUAUUAUACUUUUACAUCAUUACCUGAUACAAAAUUGUUUUCCACUUUAUUUGUCCAUUAUAAAAUGUGAAAUGCUGACCCCACUCCCCAAAAUUCUCAUUCUGUAACUCAAAGAUGGUAAGAAUUUAAAAUCUGUAGUUAUAAAAAUACCAUUGGUGAUUCUUACGCAGAUAAUCCAAGAAUGACACCUUAGAAAAUAUUCUAAACUCCAGAGAGGCCUGAAUUUGUCAUUUGCUGGCUUUUGACCUUUAAAAAGUCAACUUCUCUGAGCUUUAGUUCCCUUGUUUGUAAAUGAAGAUAAAAGAUAAAUACCUACCUCACAAAGUUGUCAAAUAGGGGAUCAAAUGAAAAAUCAUAUGAAAACUCUUUGAAAACUAAAAUAUAAGGGAUUAAGAUUAUUGAGGAUUUAAGAGAUUUAUUUGAGGGCUACUAUCAUACAUGUGUUUGGUUCAUGUGUACUUUUACUCUCUUUUUUAAAAAACAAAAAGUAACAAAGAAUUAGGUGUUGAAAAAGUAGCUUUUAUCAGACACAAAAGUCAGUUUUCUGGUAAUAAUUUAUAUAUCAUGUUUUUUUCAAAGUACAUGUUAAUAUUUUUGUUAUUAAUUCCGCACAAGAUAUAUUUGAACAUUUGGCCCAAAAUGUAAUUUUUUCCUCUCUGUCUUGUCUUUCUCCUUGGAAUUGGAGUAAGUGAUCAAGACAAUAUAAAUUCCCUCAUAACUGACAUUUAGUAAACCUUUUCUCUGAAGGCCAAAUUUACAACUUAUUUAUAAAUAAAUGAACAAUUCAUGAGGCUUUUGUCUGAGAAUCUCUCCUGAGACAGCAUGAGAGGACCAACACAAGCAUUCAGAAACAAAAAUAAGAAGUUAAAAUAGAAGGUACCAGUUUGAGCUCAAAGAUGUUGUCAGUCAUCGCCAUCUGCAUUAUGUUAUCAAUUGCCAAAAUGUUAAUUGGUUUUCUUGUACAAGUGGCCAAGUAUAGACAGUUAAUUGAACAUUAUGAAAAUACUAAUUUUUGCUUCUUGAUUUUAUGUAUUCAUUUAUAUCUUCUCUAUUUAACUGUUGAUAUAUAUGUAAAUGCUAUAUUGACAUUUCAGUUCAGAAAAAUAUUCUAAACUCCAGAGAGGCCUGGCUUCUAUUGACAUUAAGAUACUGGAAGUAUCUUAAUUUUGCAGCACAAAAUUUAUUUAAUAUUGUUAAUUCAUUGUUUUGAAUAACAAUAUUUAGUUUGGGCCAUGUUAUUUAUCAAACUAGUGCUCCAAAUUAAUUUGUUUUUCAAAGACAGUUGAAGAACUAUAUGUAGCGAACAGCAUUUCAAGUUUCAACUAGCUUAAACCAAUUUGAGCAAGUCUGGACAGCUUUCUUACCAUAUGUUUAAUUUGUGUUGUGAUUGGCACAUGAUAAUGUUUAGUGUUUUGUUCAUUCAAUUGACAGCUGAGAAAAUAAUAGUGCUCUCUCAAAUGUUAAUAUAUAAUCAAAAGGUUUUCAAAAAGUACUUUGAUUUUACCAAUAUUGUGUUUAAUUUAUUCAGUAGUUAAAAAAUCCAAGACAAUAUUAAGCUCAAAAUAAUAGCUUCAAAGAAUAAUUGAUUAAUAAUUCAAUAACUAGCACAGGGCUUAGUACAUAGUAAAUUUUUUAAUAAAUGAAUAACAUGUCAUACAACUCACUUUUACUCUAACAUUGAGUCUCACUUCAAAAAAAAUUGAAGGAUCUGAAUUUAAACUAAGUGAAAUUAACUCUGCUUUACCAAAAUAACAUGUAACAAGUAAUAAGAAAUAAGUAAAUUAUACCAAAUGAAGCAUAUUUCCCCUAUAGUAACAGUCCAUAUUACUAUUUAAACUAAAGUAUAUAUAUAUAAAGUAUAUAUACACACACACAUACACACAAACUUGUACCAACACUUUAUAUUCAUUUUUAAUGGUGAGAGCUAUUCUUAGAAGUAUUUAGGCUCUUUUUGGUUUUAUGUGAAAUUAAAUCUUUGUGUAUUAGUUGGGUGAAUAAAUACUUAAGCAAA